AAAUUCGAAAAUAUUGAACCUUAUACAAUUUUGUUUUUUUAGAAACUUAAUAAGUAAAACUUAAUUUUAAGAGGUAUAGAUUAUAAAAACUGUUAAUUAAGGAACCAUACAAACGGGAUAAAGUGAAGAGAACAUAGUCACGAUAAAUGAAUGAUGAGAAAAAAGAUUUGUAAAAAAACGUCUUUUGACCGGAAUUUUUUUUCUUCAGAACUUUUUUUUUAAUGGCGAUUUUUUGUGUUUGAAAAGUUUGAAAAAAAUACAAUCCUUAAAGAAAAAAACUUUUUGAUCAAUGAAAUCUUGGAGGAAAUGAGACAUUAGCAAUAAAAAAUUAUCUGAAAAAUGCAUAAAUUAUGGAAUAGGAUGAAAUUAGUAAGAACUAAUUAGUGAAAAAAGUAAUUAAUGCAUUAACAUAAUAAAGGACAAUCUACGAAUAAUUUUUGAUGAGAAUCAAUAAUAUACGAAAGUGAUUAGAAGAUAACAGUAUUUAAAUAAUUAAAAUAAGUUUUUUGCAUUAGCUGAAAAAGAAGACAAUUCCUUAUUAUUUGCUUUUUACUUAAUAAGUAUUAAUAAAUUUGAUAUGUGUGGAUUAAACAAGUAAUGAUACUCAUUAGAUACCUUAUACUAAGCCUAGAAUGUUUCAGAAUAAAAUUUAUAGUGAUUAAAUUUAACUAUUAAACCACAUUUUCGCCAUGACAAUUUCACGGUAUUUUUGAGUCACACACGCAAAAAAAGAGAAAUUGAAAAUUAUCAGAAAUAAGUACCAAGCAUUUAUUAUUUAAGUAUUAUAUUAAUAACAAAGCAGUAUUAACAUUUAAAAAUGGAUAAAAGUGAUAAAAAGAAACAAGAAGAGGCAUUGAAAAAUUCUUUCAUGCCAGGACUAGCGAAUCAAGCUGCAUUUUUGGAUGCUGCUUCUCUUUUAGCACAUUGGGGCGGUCGAGAUUCCUCAUUACCAUUCCUACCGUUUACUGGACUUAAUAUGUUACCUGGUAACAAUCAGCAACAAAUUCCUGGAUUUGAUAAAAAUUCAUCAGCUAUGAAUCAAAACUGGUAUACAAUGGCUCAAAUGGCAGCACAAGAUUACUUUUCACGGCUACAAAUGUCUGGAAUGAUGCAUCCAGAUUUAGCUAAUUUAUCGGCAUUAGGAAAUCUCGCGCAAUUUUCGAACGCAAGCAGUUCACUUAAUUCAUCUGGCAGUAGUACUAGUAAUAAUAAGAAUAAUCUCAAAAGGAAGGAUAAAAUGCCAGAUCCAUACGAUAUGAAGAAGAGCUCGUCCUCAAAAGAUUCCAUGCAUCAGUCAAAAAGCUCUAAUUACAAUCAAUCAUAUCAGAGUACUUCAAAUUUGCAAAAAGAUUUUAUGGCAAUGGCAGCUGCUGCAGCUGCAGCACAACUUAAUACAUCUCAUGACGAUUCUUUACACGAUUCUAAAAACAAUAGCAAAUCAUCUAUGCAAAAUAAUUAUGUGCCAAGCAGAAACUCAAAUAUGAAUAACAGUCCAUUGAGGGCGAAUAGUAAUAGUGCCAGAAAAAAGGAUAACGAUAAGCAUAACAAUUCAGAUAACAAUUAUUCAUCCAAACGUGGAGAUCAUAGAAACAGCGAUCAGAAUAAUUACCAAAACAUGAACAUCUUUAAAGAUUCUAACGCUUCAUCUCUUCUGGGUGUCAGACUACCACCUGACACAGAAAUCAUCAAGUAUACUUCAUCAGGAUCAAAGAUGCCUAGUAAGACAUUAAAUAAUUCAAACAAUUUCAGUCUCACUGAUUUACAAAACCUAUAUUCAGUUCACAAUUCAUUCAAUCAAAUUGAUAUGGAUGUACAUAUUUCUCCGAAGCGUAAAAAGAUGGAUUCUUAUGACACGAAUAAUGAUAAACAAAAGAAUGAUAUGGUUGAAGUUAUCAAGCUACCGUCAACAUUUAAUUCAAAUGGUUCUUAUGAUCAGAAACCAUCUAAAGAACCGAACGUAGGUACAGAUGAUGCACCACUGAAUUUGUCAUUGAAAUCGUCAAGUUCAUCAUCUGGGGAAAGUAGUUCCAAGAUGAGUUCGAGCAAAGAUAUCGAUUUAUCUUCUGUCAAUAAUUUAAGUAACUUACAAAACCUUACUGCCGGCAUUGGUAUGUUCGGAAAUGAUAAAUCAUCACUCAAGGAAGGACGACCACGAAAUCUCGGUCGAGGAGUCUCAAAGCCUAAGAAAAAUACAGUAGCAUCAUUACUUGCUCAAAGUCGUGCUGUUGGCAUCAAACCUCAACAUUUACUCAACUCAAGCUGUGACUUGGAAAAAGUUCGUCAAGCAAUUAUGGAAGCAAAUCAACAAAAUUCAGAUGUACAAUCAAAUACAGAUUCUGAAAGCUAUAAUGACACAACGUCAGGCAUUUCAGAGUCAGAUGGUGAAAGUGAAUCAUUUAGUAUUGAUGAUUUAAAACUACCACUUUUGGAUGGAUGGAAAAGAGAAACGAUUAUUAAAGGCCUAACGAAAACAGGUGGCUUAAAAGGCGACGUCUAUUACUACUCACCGUACAAUUCAACAAACAAAAUUACUACCAUGAAUCAAUUAAAGGAUGAAUUGUUAAAAAAUAAUUCUAAAUUCGAUGAAAAUAACUUCAGUUUUUCCUCACGAAGGAUCAUUGGCACAUUCCUACAAGCUGCUCCACCACCAUACGCAACAGAUGGAGAGUUUGUAAAAAUGACUGAUUAUGAAGUUGCACAAAGACUAGAAGAAAUAAAAAUGUAUACUAGACAGCCGUCAGGAUCAUCAUCAUCGGCCUCAGCCGCGGCAGCAGCACAAUUAAAUGUAGAACAGAGAAUUGAAAUUGCCCGACAGCAACAAGCUUUGAGAGAAGCAAAGAAGAUUGUUAAAGACGAAAUCAAUAAGACUAAAGAGAAAGCGAAACAUUUAAAAGACAUGGAAAAAUGCGAGAAGUACGAAUUGCAACGUAAAGAAAAAGAAAUAAAGAAUUUCCAUUUACAAGAAGCUAAGCGCAAGAAAGAAGAAGAAAUUGCGAAAUUGAAGAUGGAAGAGCAGAGGAGAAAGCAAGAAGAAAAGGAGAGGAAGCGUCAACAUGUUGCAAUCAUCAAGCAAUUGGAAAUGCGAAGAAAAUAUGAAGAGAAGGAGAAGAAACGUCAUUUGAUGCUCUUAGAGAAAUUAAUAUCAAGAGAACAGAAAUUGGCGGUAAGAAAACAAGACGCGCAUAUUUUGUCAGAAUUGAGGAAGCCUAAAGAAGAUUCAGAAAUAAUUAACAAAAUUGAAUUGCCUAUAAUUCCGAGAAUCGGUGGUCUGCGUUUGUCAGGUCAAGGAUUUGCUGAUCUCUUAAUGGCUUAUGAGUUUCUUCACAAUUUCGGAGAGACUUUAGGAUUCGUAGAUAUGGAAUCCCUACCAUCACUUCAAUCCCUUCAUAACGCAAUAAGUCAAGAGAAUGCAGUCGAAGCUGAAGAAGAAUUACUGUCAGUAAUAACACAUUUAUUAGUAUGUGCUAUAGAAGAUCCAGGAAUUCCAAACCCAAAUAGACACACAACACUUUUGGGCCAAACUCUAAGACAAGCUGACAUCACACAUCAAAAUGUAUCUGAAAUUUUAAGGAUUUACUUGUACUCAGUAGCAACGGGUGAGGUACGACAACAAACAGGAAUUAAUUUGGAAAGAGAAAAGUGUGGACGAUUUGUAGAUCUGCAUCAUCAAGCUCAGAGUGAGAUAAUUGAUGAGAAACAAUGUUCUAAAAAUACUCAGUUCUAUGAAGCUCUUCAUGACAACGAACGAUACAAAUUAUCGGAAAGUUUGAAGGAUAAACCAUAUGUAGCAUUAAAUCCAACAGUAAAAGCAAAAAUAUUAGCAAUGCUUUGUAACGAUUUACUUUUAAAUAAGGCAGUAUGCAAACAAAUUGAAAACGGUUUGGAAUCUCAAGCAGUAUUAAAGAAGGAGAAAUUUUUAUUAGAUAAUAAGGUUCGAAAGUAUAAAUCAUUAUUGUUAAGGAAACAAAGAAUUGAACAAUACGAGAAAUCUCAACAAAAUCUCAAGAAAGAGGCAUUAGAAGAAUCUCAAUCAGUUGACAAGACUGAUUUGGUAGAUGAUAAGGCAGAAGUUAAAUCGGUUAAGGCUGAUGAAACAUUGUCACCAUCAAAAACACCUGAAAAGGUAGUUCCUAUUCCAAGUAAGGCAGAUGAUUCUUUACGUAAACCAAACAUUCCGGAUGAAAAAAUUGACGAGGAUAAUGCAAGUGAAGUAGAAAGUGAAGAUUUAGAUGAGGACGAGGAUGCAACAAUGACAUCUGAGGAGGUCCAAAAGAAACUCGAAAAAAUUUUAGAGCAAUCAUUUCAAACAAAACAGCAAUUACAAAAGUCAUUAAGCUCACUACGGGGUAAACAUUAUGGCCAAGAUAGAUAUUGGAGACGAUAUUGGUACUUGCCGAAAUGUGGUGGAAUUUAUGUUGAAGGACUUGAAUCAGCAGAAUCAGAAAUUUUAAAUUAUCAAUCAAAAUUAGAUGACUGUACCGCAAACACAAGUACCAUAAAAACUGAAGACGUUCCAGAAGAUGAGAAGAUAAACUUGAUUAAAGAUACAAUAUCAGAACCUGAAGAAGAGAAAUCAAGUAACGCAACAGAAGACGUAAAUGAACAAGAAUUUGAUGAAGAGAGCGUUGACAAAUACAAACACAUUGGGCAAGUGAUCAAGAAUACUUCUGUCAAUAUUUGCCAACCAAUGAAGCCUGAAAAUCAUGAAGAUUUUGACAUUGAAGAUUCUAUCCCCACGGCUAUAUUGGUUCAAAAAGGAAACAAAUUGGAUGACUCGAAAUUUGUUGAAAUCAAUCAUGUCGUUCCAUCGAAUCCAAUGCAAAAAAUGGAGGAAGAAGCAAAGUUAAACAAUGAAAAAAUGGAAUUGAAAAAAGAAAAUGACAUAAAAAUCAAACUUGAGAAUGAGGGCCUGAAUGACACAAAAGAUUGCCAUCUUUCUAUAAAUAGCGAAAGUUUAAAUAAUGGCGAUGAUAUUAAAUCAGAAGAUAUCAAGUCUAUAAAGAUGGAACCACUCUUAUCAAAAUGGUUUUCUUUGGUUGAUCCAGAGAUUCCAUUGUACACACCAGAUUGCCCACUCAUUCCAAAUCAGGUUGAGAUGUUUCGUAAUAUUCAAUGUAAAGACGAUAUCAUUAUGCAUGGACAUCAAUGGGAAAUCCAAAAUAAUCUGCAUUUCUACAAUCCAAAAUUAUAUUAUGAGAAUAAUGAAAAUGAAAUAGAAUUUAAGAAUGAUUCAGUACUUAGCACAUCAGGAUUAGAUUUGUUGAUGAUAGACAAAGCUUUAAGUGACAACAAGCAAAUUAAUUUAAGUAAGAAAGCCGCUUCAAAUUGUAUAGAAAAUGGUGAUGUUAAGAAACUCAUAACCACCGAAGAUCCUUUGAAUGGAAAAGUUUUCUAUGAUCAAUGCCACAACUUCAGUUUACCUCCAAUACAAAAUAUGACAAUUAAUAAUUUAAGUGUUUUUCUACAAUGCGAAAAUUUAAAUGCAGCACAAAUGACACCAGAAGAUCAGGAAGCAGUUGAUGAAAUUAAACGAAAUGGUGUCAAACAAACCGCAGAAUCUAUUUUAGUACCGAAAGAUUUACGAUUUGGAUGGUUUAAGAUUAAUGAAAUUGAAGAUAUGAAUAAUGUUAUUAAGAGUCUGCACAUGAAAGGCGUUCGCGAAAAGAUUCUUAGACAGAAUCUCUUAUCUGCAUUGAGUGAAAGUAUUGACCUUACUUGUCCAUGUCCAGUUUCAAAUGCUCGAGCUCCACCACCACCAAAUGGCUAUAUUGAACCUGAAGCAUUUAUUGCGUGGAAUCCGCGCAUUGCAAAACGUGUUGAACAGCAAUUGCUGGAUCAAGUCGAGGGACUCGAAGAUAAAAUUGCUAAUGCAUCGAUGCAAGUUAAGGGAUGGAAUGUCCCACAGCGAGAUAAUGAGUCGGAAAGUGAUAUUUUGGAAAAUAUUGAUAUCAAUAUGAUUAAAGAUCGAAUUGCUAAUUUGGAAGCAGCCAUUGAAAGGAGAUACUUGAAGCCCCCUUUGGGAAAUAACACGAGUGAAGCACAAUUGAUGAACGCAUCGAUUACUAAUGAACCGUGUGCCAAUACAUCAUCCGCAAAUUCGAGUGCAAAUACUUCGAGUUCGGAAUCAGAGCCUGUCUCUAAAGGAUUAUCUUCAUGGAGAGAGGCAGUUCAGCGGUCAGUCACAGCAGCUCAAUUGUCAAUGGCACUUUAUACUCUUGAACAGUGCGUCGCAUGGGACAAAAGCAUUAUGAAGGCUAACUGCCAAUUCUGUCAAUCUGGUGAAUCUGAAGAUAAGUUGCUUCUCUGUGACAGCUGCGAUCGUGGAUAUCAUACAUAUUGCUUCAAGCCUAAAAUUGAUAAGAUACCUGAAGGAGACUGGUUCUGCUUUGAAUGCAUAAACAAGGUGACAGGUGAACGAAAAUGCAUAAUUUGUGGAGGACUCAGGCCAUCGCCAGUUGGAAAAUUGAUAUUAUGUGAAUUAUGUCCUCGUGCAUAUCAUCAUGACUGCUAUAUCCCACCGAUGUUGAAAGUACCAAGAGGAAAAUGGUAUUGUGCCAAUUGUGUUAGUAAAGCACCGCCGAAAAAGAAGGCUAUACGAAAGCCAAAAGAACUUAAAUCCCACAAUUCAUCACAAUCAUUAGACACAUCGUCGCACGAUGAAGUAGCGCCGAAUAGUCCAACUGCAUCAAUGACUUCAUUUUCAAUUGAUGAGCAUUCCUCAAUGAACAAUACUAUUCCUAAUUUAACUUCUGCAGAUACGACUCCUCAGAUUUCUAGUACUCCGAUUCUGCCACCGAUUCUGCCACAAAUUGUCGCAACAACAAAAGUUAAUAAUGAUAAUAAUACUAGCACCAAUAAUGAUGAUAAUGAAACAGAAAUUAGUGAUACAAAUACUCAAAAUAAUAGUAGUCCAAUAAAGGAAAAAGAUAGUAAGGAACGAGAUGAUCUCAAAGAAAAAUUGAAGGCUGAGAAGAAAGCUGCAAAAAAAUUAAUGAAGGAAAUGGCAAUCUGCAAGGUCAUUUUAGAGGAAAUGGAAGUACAUGAGGAUUCCUGGCCCUUCCUACUUCCUGUAAACACGAAGCAAUUCCCAACGUACAAGAAAGUAAUCAAACAUCCAAUGGAUUUGUCAACAAUAAAGAAGCGGCUUCAAGAUAUGACUUAUAAGGCGCGAGAUGAGUUUGUAGCUGAUAUUCGAUUAAUAUUUGAUAACUGUGAAAUUUUUAAUGAAGAUGACUCUCCUGUUGGUAAGGCUGGUCAUGGUAUGCGAAAGUACUUUGAGCUAAGAUGGGCGGAAUUAACGGCAACAUAGUUUUGCAAAGUCGUUUUGCAACGAUUAACUUAGAUUGUAUUGUAAAAUAAUAAAAAACAGAAGUGAAGAAAAAUUAAAUUAAAUAAAAAUACUCACAAAAAUUUGAUGUUGA